GACGAGAAUGGCAACUCCUUUGCUUUGCAACCUGGCGUUUCUGCUGUUGCUUGGAUUGGCUUCAGCUUUUAGUCACAGCCCUCGGAGCCCUGAUAGGGUUUCCGAAGGAGAUAUCCAGAGGCUCCUCCAUGGAGUUAUGGAGCAGCUGGGCAUUGCCAGACCCCGAGUGGAGUAUCCAGCACACCAGGCUAUGAACCUGGUGGGUCCGCAGAGCAUUGAAGGUGGUGCACAUGAAGGUCUCCAGCACUUGGGUCCUUAUGGCAAUAUCCCAAAUAUCGUGGCUGAGCUGACAGGAGACAAUAUACCAAAGGAUUUCAGUGACGAUCAAGGAUAUCCUGACCCUCCAAAUCCCUGCCCCAUUGGGAAAACAGUUGCCGAUGGGUGCCUUGAAAACACCCCAGACACAGCAGAGUUCAGCAGAGAAUACCAGCUGCACCAACACCUUUUUGAUCCAGAGCACGACUAUCCCAACAUGGGCAAGUGGAGCAAGAAUUUACUCUUUGAGAAGAUUAAUGGGAGUCCAAAAAGAAGGAAGAGGAAUGUGAACCCGUAUCUCCAAGGACAGCGACUGGAUAAUGUUGUAGCAAAAAAGUCUGUGCCACAUUUUUCAGAUGAAGACAAGGGUCCUGAAUAAGUACAAUAAAAAUGAGUGAUGAAAACUCAUGCCAUCUUCAGCUAGAUCGUAAUAUUGCUUAUAUAUAAUCAUCUAUUAAAAUCCUUGUGAAUGGCAGCAUGUUUAUUAUUUGUAUAAUUGUAGAUGAAAAACAGCUGUAUUUAUAACAGUAUGUUCUCCUAGAUAACGAAAAUACGGUUCUGCUUUUUGUUAAGUUAUGGUAAAAGGACAGUUCUGUUGUUUUUAUUUUAGUCACGGAGCAAACUUUAAAAAUAUUAGUCAUUUUAAUAGCUAAUGUGAGGUAAAUGGUCUUAAUGAGCAGCUUGUAAAUAAGGAGAUGUAAAAAAUGCCCAGUCCGACUCCAACAUUUAAUCUUAAAUUUUACUAUGUUUGACACAUGAAAAUUAUAGUUUUAUGUUUUGUUCACAAAUAUUGUUACUUAGCAAAGGCGAAGUAUUUAUUUUACCCAGAGAAUUUUGGCUUUUGGUCUAUUUUAAUAAACAUUUAAGCAAUCUACAAGGUUUGUAAAGUGACAUUUUCCAAAAUAUUUCAUAGGCUAAUUUGUCUCAAUUAUUGCUGUGCAGAUUUAAAAAUUAAAGAACUGAUUUUUGA